AUGUUGCCGAAACAAUCUAAUCCAGCGUUGUUCGACGCCGCGAAAUCUUUGGAGGUGAUUGAAGCUCACACGAUAAAUGCUUUUCGUAGUGUAAAGGAUCGGAGAUUUGGGUUUUCUGAUUUUAAGGAUUGUAUUGCUGCGAUUCAAUUCACUAUUGGGGACUCUGAUCUCUACCAUCUCUUAGAGAAAUUGGAAGAAGAGGGUGGUUUAGUGGAUCAAAGUAAAUUUAUGAAGAUGUUCUUCACCCAAUACAAAGGUGGGCCUUUGUAUGUGGCUUUCGAAUCAUUCGCUAAGGGGAAAAGGACAAUCGAGAAGAAGAAUCUCAGGAAGGUUUGGAUGCCUUUGGGAUAA